AGCAUAUUCAUAACCGCAGUUCGCUUAUCUUGUAGAUUCAAAUCACAAUCACAACCGAUCAUAUCAACCGUCAAAAUGUCUGCUUCCGAGCCCACCGAGCCCAAGGUCGAGGAGACCAAGGUUGAGGAGACCAAGCCUGAGGAGACCAAGCCUGAGGAGACCAAGCCCGCUGAGGCUGAGAAGCCUGUUACAUCCUCCUCCAUGUUCUCCAUGUUCGGCGGCGGUGCCAAGAAGGAGAAGAAGGACGACGAGGAGCGCGGUGAUAACUCCGGUAGCGCUAAGGCUCAGCGAGAGGCCGCUGAGGCUGCCAAGGGUGAUGAGGAGGAUGCCCCCGAGUCCGAGGACGUUCACUUCGAGCCUGUCAUCAAGCUGACCGAGAAGGUUGAUACCAAGACCAACGAGGAGGCUGAGGAGCAGACUUUCAAGAUGCGCGCCAAGCUUUUCAAGUUCGUCAAGGAGAGCAGCGAGUGGAAGGAGCGUGGUACUGGUGACGUCCGUCUGCUCAAGCACAAGGAGAACGGCAAGACCCGACUGGUCAUGCGACGCGACAAGACCCUCAAGGUCUGCGCCAACCACUACAUUGUCCCCGAGAUGAAGCUUUCCCCCAACGUUGGCUCUGACCGCAGCUGGGUGUGGAACGCCGCUGCCGAUGUCAGCGAGGGUGAGCCCGAGGCUGUUACCCUGGCCAUUCGAUUCGCCAACGCUGAGAACGCCAACAACUUCAAGGAUUCUUUCAUGAAGGCCCAGAAGGAGAACGAGGAGAUCUUCAACAAGGCUCAGGAGGCCGAAGCUCCCCCCUCCUAAGCAGCCCGCACUUUAGAAUCCUCCCCGACCCCCCUGCCCUUUCGGAGUUCGAUCUGGAUAUUUUCAAGGAUUCACACUCGUUCGUAGUCCUGCGAUGUCUAGAGAAGUCUUACUCCAACACCCCAACAACGCAUGUCACAAUCACGCAUGCAUCUCACAUUGCUGCGAUGCUUGAUUCAUCACACGCACACGCACCACACCACACCACACCACACCACAACCCCGCCACAACACUAUAUCCCCCAAGUCUGGUUUUAAGAUGGAUAGAUAGAGAUUCAAAAGGACAGAGAGGUUUCUUGAGGUGAGCUGUUCGAGUUUAGCCUCAAGGCGGAUCAGUGAAUGGAUGGAUGGACGGAUGGAUAGUUAGUAUCAUAGGAACAUCAGAUCACACAGCACCCUCUGUAGAAGAAGUAA